AUGCAAGUGAGUACCCGCCAAAACGUGCCCGUCUGCCUAACGGAAGAGGGCGAGUUUCCACCACUAACAAAUACCGAACACAGAAUUCGCCGAAUAAAGUGUGAUGAACAAAAGCCCGCUUGUUACAAAUGUGUCUCUACUGGAAGGAAAUGCAGUGGUUAUGGAGAGCCCGGGGAUCAUACCACUCAAGCCGCUGUUGAUGCCCAAAAUCGGUUCCACAUCGUUCAGCAUGUGCCCGGUAUUUCACAACCAACUCGCAUGUGGCAGGUUCCACAAUCUACAGAUCUACUCUUGGAGUCUGAAUACCGAUCUCUUGAAUUUUUCCAAAUCAAUACUACGCUCUGCUUUGGCUCUGGUAUUGGCACAUUUCUUCUCCAGGCUGUCCACCAUGAACCGAUCCUCAAAUCGAUUGCGAUCGCACUUGGAUCUUUACAUCGGUCCUUCACUCAUAAACAAAGUCUCACAUCUAACAAUCAUGAAGAAACUCGAUUUACCCUCCUGCACUACAAUAAAGCCAUUCGAGACCUAGUUGCCAUCAACCCGAAAACCAGUUAUAGAGGGAACGACACGUUUCUUAUCGCCUGCAUACUCUUUUACUGCUUCGACUGUCUCCAGGGAAACUUUAAGUCUGCUUUCCAACAUGCCAUAUCUGGACUCAAGAUCAUCAAGCAUGAACAGCUAAUAGCGAACGGCUCUGGCAUUGGAACAUAUAUGGCUGUUGAAAGAAUUACCCUUCUUUUCUCAAUUUUGGAAAAUCAAGUCUUGGAGAUUGAGAAUGAAGGAAUUCUCACAUCCGAGUUGCGACCAACAGCUUCUUCAUUUUUGCACCCCUCCAAAAGUCCAUCCGCCUUCUCGAAUGAUAUUGAAGCCAUGUUCAUUUCUUUCCAAUUUUUAUAUAAUCGCUUCAUGCGCUUUUUGGCCAUCUGUGUCUCGCUAGGGGAGCCACUAAAUGAACAAUCGCCCGAGUUCCUUGAAAGUAUUCAGUGCAUCACUGCUGAAUAUGCUCGGGUCCGGACAAAUAUAGAAACUUGGAUAUAUACCUUCGAGAAUUGGCUUGAACAGCCCUCAUCGCGCGGGAACGAUAGUGCUUCUGUUCAGAUUCUCAAAGUCUGGAGAUUGAUAAUUGGAAUUUUUCUCCAACUACCCCUUCCGCCCUCGGAGGUUGAUUGGGAUCACUUUACAGAUGAUUUUUCUGCAGUCAAUCGCCUCGUUGCAAAUUUCAUUGACGCCCCUUCGAAAAGUACCUUGUCGCGUCAUUCUUCACCGAAUACCCCUACACCAAGCACAAACCAGGCGGGUAGUAUUCCAAGAAUAUCCUCGCUUCCUACUCUGCUUCCAAAACCCUCAAAAUCAGAGACUUCCAUGUUUUCAUUGUCUCUAGGUGUUGUCACUCCUCUCUAUCUCUGCGCCACACGCUGCCGAGAGUCCUCUGUUCGCCAUCAUUCUAUUGGAUUGAUGUCAUACUGUCAGCGUCGAGAAGGACUGUGGGAUUCUGAUUUAGCAGCGCGUAUUGCGAAGCGAAUUGUGACAAUUGAAGAGGAAGCAGCUCAAAUCCUACCAGGGUCCGACUAUGCACCUGCUAAUAUUGGGCCAUCCUGUCGAGUUAGAUCCUUGUCUCCAGCCUUCGAACACUCAGGCCAGGUUAAGAUAAGGUAUAAUAGAGAAGGAUAUCCCCCUUAUAUGACAGAAGAGAUAUUUACAUGGUAA